AUUAAUUAAUUGCUCUUACGUACCCUUCCAUUUUCGGUGUAUAAAUAGGCAACCUCCAGUGGACAUGGCCUCUUCAGAGAUACAUAUACCAUCAACUCACGUAAUGGAUGUCCUCGUACUACUCAUCUCACUGAUCCUCCUGAUCGGAGGAAGCAGCGGUGCAAACAUGGCGGUUGCUGUGACCAAACCGUCCCCAACAGCGAUGGAGUAUUGGCAGAAAAAAUUCCCUGAGACACCCAUGCCCCCAGCCAUACUAGACCUGCUGACACCACUGCCUACAGCUGCAGAAGGACUCAAGGAAGUUUCUGUGUCAUAUGGAAGUGAAGGUAAAGAGGAGCCUAAGAAAGCAUUCCCCAUGGGACGAUAUAUGUUAGACAAGGAACGAGAAAUGACUUCAUGUAUAGAUAAAGCGGGACUAAAGGAAGUCUCCAUGACAUAUGGAAGUGAUGGUGAAGAGGAGCCAAGGAAAACAUUCUCUCAAGUAGGGUAUAUGUUAGAUAAGGAACGCAAGAAGUCUUCAGAUGUAGAUGAAGAUGGACUAAAGGAAGUCUCGGUGUCAUAUGGAAGUAAUGGCGAAGAGGAGACAAGCAAAACCUUUGCUAUGGGAGGAUUCAUGGCAGAUAAGGAAUGCGAAAUGUCCCUACAAGGAGAGAAAGAGGGACUAAAGGAAGUCUCGGUGUCAUAUGGACCAGAAGAUGAAGAUAAGAAAAGCAAAGUAUUCCCUGCAAAAAAUUGGUCAAACAAUGAAUACGAAAAGUAUUUACACAAAAGCGAAGCUACAGAGGGAUUGAAGGAAGUCUCUGUGUCAUACGGAAGUGAAGGUAAAGAGGAGCCGAGGAAAGCAUUCCCCAUGGGACAAUAUAUGUUAGACAAGGAACGAGAAAUGACUUCACACACAGAUAAAGAUGGUCUAAGGGAAGUUUCGGUGUCAUAUGGAAGUAAAGGUGAAGUGGUGACUCGGAAAGCAUUUCCCAUGGAACGAUACGUGCUAGACAAAGAACCUAAAAGGAAUCUGCACAGAAACAAAGAUGAACUUAGAGAAGUCUCGGUGUUGUAUGGCUCAAAAGGGAAGCUAAAAAAUUUGUUCCCCACUGGGUAUGGACAUAAGAAACAUAAGCAUGCAAAUGAAGCAGAUCUAAAGGAGGUCUCAGUGUCGUAUGGAAGUAACGAUGAAGAGAAGCCAAGGAAAGCAUUCCUUAGAGGAGGGCUUUUUUUAGGCAAUGAAUAUGAAAAGUCUGUACACAUAGACAAAGAGGACCUCAAAGAAGUCUCAGUGUCAUAUGGCUCAAAUGUGAAACUAAGCAAUUUGUUCCCAACAGGGUAUGCACAUCAGAAAUAUAUAUUAACAAGCGGAGCUGGACUAAAGGAAGUCUCCGUGACAUAUGGAAGUGAUGGUGAAGAGGAGCCAAGGAAAACAUUCUCUAAAGUAGGGUAUAUGUUAGAUAAGGAAUGCAAGAAGUCUUCAGAUGUAGACGAAGGGGGACUAAAGGAAGUCUCGGUGUCAUAUGGAAGUAAUGGUGAAGAGGAGACCAGCAAAACCACUCCUAUGGGAGGAUACAUGGUAGAUAUGAAAAACGAAAAGUCUCUGCAAGCAGAGAAAGAUGGACUAAAGGAAGUCUCGGUGUCAUAUGGAAGUAAUGGUGAAGAGGAUACAAGCAAAACCUUUGCUAUGGGAGGAUACAUGGUUGAUAACGAACGUGAAAUGUCUCUACAAGGACAGAAAGUUGCAUUGGGACUAAAAGAAGUCUCGGUGUCAUAUGGAAGUAAUGAUGAAGAGGAGACAAGAAAAAUCAUUCCUAUGAAAGGAUACAUGGAAGACAGGGAACACGAAAAGUCCCUACAAGCGGAGAAAGAGGAACUCAAAGAAGUUUCAGUGUCAUAUGGCCAUGAAGUAAAACUAAGCAAUUUGUUCCCUACGAGAUUCGGACAUAAGAAUUAUCAACACACAUUCGAAGGAAUGGAUCAUGGACGCCAUGUUCACGCACACGGCAACAAGAUGCAGCAACUGGCCGACGUCUUCUUCUUCCGCGACGCCCUCCGGCCGGGCUCCGUCAUCACGCCGACCAUCCCGCCGACGACCUCGCUGCCGGCCUUCCUCCCUCGCCACGUCGCCGACGCCAUCCCGUUCUCCGCCGACCGCUUUGCCGACGUCCUCGCCAUGUUCGCGCCGGCGUCCCUCGCCAUGGCGCGCGAGAUACGGUGGGCGCUCGACACCUGCGGCCAGCGGGCGGCGGCGCUGCUCCCGGGCGAGAAGGCCGGCUGCGCCACCUCCCUCGAGUCGCUCGCCGACCUCGCCGCGUCGCUCCUCGGGACGCGCGACGUCCGCGCGUUCUCCGCCGCCGACCUUCCCACCGACGCCGCGACCACGCCGGCGCGGCGCGGGAGGUACAACGUGACGUCCGUGCGGGAGCUCUCGGCGAUGGCUGGUUCCGGUUCGUCGUCGUCGUCGGAGCCGGCGCCGGCUGCCGUCGUGGCGUGCCACGACCUGACGUACCCGUACGCCGUGUUCUACUGCCACAGUACCAAGCCGACCGCCGCGUACGCGGUGACGCUGGUGGCGGCGACCACCGGGGACGGCGACGGCGAAGGCGAGGCGGCCUCGCCGGCGAAGAUGGAGGCGCUCGCCGUGUGCCACCUGGACACGUCGCGGUGGAGGGCGGACAACCCGUUCUUCGUGGCGCACGGCGUCAAGCCGGGGGAGGUGUCCGUGUGCCACUUCCUCACCAAGCUCAGCAUCGUCUGGGUCCCACGCCACGAGCAGGGGGGCCCACGCGCAGCAGCUUAAUCAUCAUCGAUGAUGUAAACAAGCUCUACAACCUAAAGUGAACAAUUUGGCGUGGUUUGUGCGUAAUUUGCAGCAACGGUCGAUCGAGCUAUCUACUUAUAUAGUAUGUAAAAAGUGAAUAAUUCAGUUUGUCA